UUGCUGGAUAUCUGAGUAUUUAAUCUAACAUGAAGGUGCUGGGGAUUUUUCUGUUGCUGGAAGUUUCAGGCUUCUUUUCCAUUUUUUCCAGCCCUUCCCCUCCAGUCCAUUGCCGCUGGAAUUCUUUUGGCCCUUGGUCUGAGUGUGAUGGCUGUACUCAAAAGCAGAUUCGGAGACGGACAGUAGCAGUUUAUGGCCAGUACGGGGGAAACCCCUGCUCUGGGGAUGCUUUUGAAACAAGACCAUGCACCCCCACAAGGGGAUGCCCAACAGAGGAUGGCUGUGGUGAUCGGUUCAGGUGUUUCUCAGGUCAGUGCAUUAGCAGAUCUCUUGUGUGCAAUGGAGAUCAGGAUUGUGAGGAAGAUGGUGCAGAUGAAGAUCGAUGUGAAGAGAAGAUGACUGUAUGUGAUAUUGAUAAAACACCUCCGAAUUCAGAACUUACAGGAAAAGGCUUUGAUGCCAUUACUGGUGAGACUAGGGGAAGAGUCAUUCAUACAAAAAGCUUUGGUGGACAAUGCAGAAAGGUUUUUAGCGGUGAUGGGAGAGAAUACUACAGGCUGAGUGAAAGCGUUCUUGCUUAUACUUUCCAGGUUAAAAUUCAGAAUGAUUUCAGUUAUGAGUUUUUCAACAGCAGCUGGUCUUAUAGGAAACACACAGAGAGGUAUGAAAAAUCAAACAGUGGCCACAGAUAUUCACAGAAUGAAAUUCUGCAACACAGUGAAAAGAGUAAGCAACUGAUGGUUGUUGAGAACAGCGUGGAAGUUGCUCAGUUUAUUAACAACCGCCCAGACUUUCUCACUCUUGCGGAGCCUUUCUGGAAGGAACUGGCCAACCUUCCAGUCAUCUAUGAGUACAGCGUCUACCGAAGACUUAUUGAACAUUUUGGGACUCAUUUCUUACACUCUGGAUCUCUAGGAGGACAUUACAAAGUUAUUUUUUAUAUGGAUACUGACAAAAUGAAAGCAGAAGGUAUGAGCAUAACAGACAUGUACCAGUGCACCACAUCAGGCUGGAAUGCAUUCAUUGUGAAAAAGAAGAAAGUGGAAUGCUCCAAACUGGAUGAACUGCUACAGACUUCUUCAGGAAGCAGUGGUAAUAAGAUUAAAGGAGACCCCUACAUAGAAGGAGGAAGCCCAGGUGCUGUUGCUGGCCUUAGUUAUCUAGAGCUGAAUAACCCUGCUGGGAACAGUCAGAGGUACUCCUUUUGGGCCAGAUCAGUGACAGACUAUCCCAGAGUAAUUAAGCAAAAGCUAACACCAUUAUAUGAGCUGGUAAAGGAAGUGCCCUGCUCAUCAGUCAAGAAGCACUACCUAAAACAAGCCAUUGAAGAAUAUAUGGCUGAAAAUGAUCCCUGCAAAUGUCAGCCUUGCCAGAAUGGUGGUGAGGCAGCCGUGGAAGGAACUCGGUGUGUUUGUUACUGCAAGCCUUACACCUUUGGAGCUGCUUGUGAGCUUGGAACUCUCGUGCAAGAUCAGCCAGGAGUUGUUGAUGGACACUGGAGCUGCUGGUCUUCCUGGAGUCCUUGUUCAGGGGGAAGGAAAUCAAGAAGUCGAACCUGCAACAACCCCUCCCCGCGUGGUGGUGGGAAGGCCUGCAUAGGAGAGCAGCGUGAAAGCAGACCAUGUGAAGAUGAAGAGUUGCAGCAUUUUCGCUUGAUUGAACCACACUGUUUUGAUUUAUCCAUAACACCUACAGAAUUCUGUUCACCUCCUCCUCUCUUGGAAAAUGGAUUUGUUCAAAAUGCUGAAAACUCAUACCCUGUUGGGAAAAGCAUUGUUUAUGCUUGCAGACAUGGAUAUUCUCUUGUUGGUGAUCCUGUUGCUAAGUGUGGCAGUAAUUUACAGUGGCAAGUUGGAGACAGAUAUUGCCAGGAAACUGCAUGUCUCCUGCCCAUCCUCGAGGGGGGUUUGCAAGGAGAGCCAUGGAAACCUGUGUAUGAGAUUGGUGAGAGAAUAACUCUCUCUUGUCCACACGGCAUGCACUUAGAAGGGGCACACUCCAUUUUGUGCGAGCCCAGUCUCAAGUGGUCUCCUGACAUGAAGAAUAUCCAGUGCAAGAGACCAGUGCCCAGUGUGAAACCAGAAGUGACAGAGCCUAAAUGUCAGCCAUGGGAGAAAGUACAUCAGUCGCAAUGUGUGUGCAAAAUGCCCUAUGAGUGUGGUCCUUCCUUGGACACCUGUGCUACAGAUCAAAGAACCAAGAGAAACACACCUUUAACUGUUUGCAAGAUGCAUGCCUUGGAGUGCAUGGGCAGAAAAUAUUCCCUUACUAAUGCAGAAAACUGCAAAACACCUCAGGCAGCUGAGAUAUUAUGUGGAUCAUGCCGUUCGUGGGAAAAAUGCGACGCGCAAUCCAACAGCUGUGUUUGUGAUGAAGAUGGGUCGUGCAAGGAGGGAGGCAUCCAGAUCUGUGCUGAAGUGAGCGGCUCUGCUGCUCGUCGGACCAUGACGGAGUGUGAGGCUGGGCGGCUCAAAUGCCAGGGGGAAACUGUCACCCUUGUCAGCAUAAGGCCCUGCGACGUACAGGGCAAAUAAGAUAUGUUACGGUUCAUUUUGCUUGUUGCCAUGGGAUA